AUGGCUCUAGCCAUACGAGAGGCCUCUGGGCUGAAAGCAGAUAUUCGUCUGGCCCAGGCGGUAUCUGAAUUCGAAGCCGAGCUCACAACUGAACAAAAGGUCGCCUUCAGAGCCUCGCGAACGGCCGCGACAAGCACGGCACCAACAAUGUCAGACGUUAUGCGCCUCACAGCAGAGAUGGACCUCAAAGCAACGAGCAAGCAUGGUCGAAUACGAUGUUUUGGGCCGCGAUUAACCAACAUGCUCCAGGCUAUUCAGCAGUUUGCAGCCCUAGGAGAUAUCGUGGUCGGCGGAUCCCAGAACCUCAUCGCAUGCGGAGUCUGGUCUGUGGCGAGAAUGACUGUUUAUGUAAUCACAGGAUACCUGACUCAUUUGGAAAAGCUCUCUGUCCUAUUUAUGGCCGUUGGCCGGAACGCACCUCGAUAUCAAGCCAUGGCUGCCAUUUAUCCAAAGUCCAAGAACUUACAGCGCUAUCUUUGCGAAUACUUUAUCGUUGUCACCAAGAUCUGCCAUCAGACCAUUCAGUGGGCACAAAAGUCUGCCGUCGGUCGCCUUUCGUCAUCCAUCAGAGAUCCUGAUAUGAAAGGCUUCCAAGCAGACCUUGACACAUGGUCCGCCUCUAUCAAAGAAGAGGCUGAUCUGUUGCUGAGUCAGGGCAUCCAAGAAGAAGCUAAAGAGAAUGCGACAUUCCGCUCAAUAGUGUCGAGUCGCUCCAAAUAUCUUCAACACCGUCAAAAGAUCAACGAAAGCAUUCGUUUUCUCGAUGCCUGCUCACAGCACGAUUAUCGAACCACGUGGAAACAGACUCGCAAGCGUGGAACAACUCGCAUUCUGCCCUCAUACACCCAAUAUCAGAAAUGGAAAAAUGCUCAGACUGCGGGUGACUCAAUUCUUUUCCGUGGUAAACUAGGUGCUGGUAAAUCUGUUCUUCUUGCUAAUAUUGUCGAUGAUCUAAACCUUCUUCAAAACUCCAUUACGCUAUACUUCUUUGCCCGCCAUGACGUCCCCGACUCUCUGAGCUCAAGAACCAUAUUUGGGUCUCUGGUUCGGCAGCUUUUAGAAGUUUUCGUCUACGACAGCAAAUUCGAGCACAUAUUUUCGGAGUCUGUAUCUCGACUAGACUUAGACGACAUUGUCAAAAUUUUGGCAACCAUGCCAUCACAUGAUAGGCAUGUGUCCGUCGUAAUUGACGGGCUCGAUGAAUGCUCCAUGGAGGAGCAACAGGUUGUCCUGCGCAGCCUAUCUGCCAUCAAGUCCAAGGGCUACAAGAUCUGCAUAUCAGUCAGGACUCCUACCGAAAGCUCAGUAUGGAAAGAUCAAUGUUUCGAAUUUCAGGAGUCUAUCCCAGAGGAGAAUCAAGAUAUAUCCGACUUCGUGCACGCUGAAGUAGACAACAGAGUACGAAAUGAACGACUGGUCACCCUCGACCCCCUGCUUGUUCAAGACAUCAAGCAGGAGCUCAUUGAUGGGGCAUGCGGAAUGUUCCUGUGGGUUUCUCUGCAACUUGAUUCCAUAUGCUCCGAAAUAUCGGAUACAGCGAUCCGGGAAGCAAUCCGAGACCUUCCACGGGAUCUCACGCAAACAUACGAACGGAACCUACUGAAAGCGAGCUCAGGUGACUCAAAGGGCCAUCAUAUUAGAAUCUUCACAUUACUGGUGGGCGCUAGAGAGCCAUUGACAACGGAACAGCUACGUGAAGCUGUUAGCGUCAAAGUAGGACAAACCGCAUGGAACCCACAGCAGCAUAUCAGCAGCAUCCAUGCUGCCUUACAGUUCUGUGGCAGUCUCGUUAUGGUCGACGAGGAAGAUGAUUCAGUUACAUUCAUCCACCAUAGUGCUCGAAGUUUCUGCCUCAACUCGCCCAGAAAUGCAGCAGAAUGGACCUUUACCGAGAAGGCCGCGAACCUCUUUAUGGCUGAGACAUUAGUCACGUAUCUCAGCUAUAAUAUCUUCGACACCAGGUUGUCCAGGAAUGUCGCUCCCAAGAUCAGUGCGAACAAGAUGCCCGAGACGGUUGCUUUGAGCACUCUGAGCAAUCAUCAAGCCGGCCAGAGUGUUGCAAAUAAGUUCUUCCGGCUAAAGUCCAAGCUCAAACGAGAUAUUGGCCCUACACUUGCUCAAGUCAGCACAGGUUACCAAGUUAACAAUACGCACCAAUUCUUCUUGCUCCCAUAUGCCAAAGAUUACUGGAUAAGGCAUACAUCACAAUUGGAGAGUCUUCCUUCGCUGCCAAAUUGGUAUCAUCUUCUAGAUCAUCCCGAGUUUGGUAUUGAUUUUGACGAUUACCAUGAAGCUGCAGGGAAAUUCCACCAUAUCGUAUUCCAUAGGACUGUAUCCUUGAACCCGAAUUUGCUUCCGAUUCUUCCAAGUCAAAUCACCCUUUGGGCAGUGUCCAAUGGUCAUAUACUUCUGCUUAAAUACGAUCUUACUAAAGGUCGUGGGUUACGAAAGCUCCAAGCUUUUGUGAAGCUCUGGGUUCUUUUGAUGCAGCUCUCGCAAAACAACACUUUGAAUCAGCUAGACUACCAUCUAGUUAAGUGGUUGUGUCUCCUAUUCAUUCGUCUGGGUAUAAAAUCCCGGAUUAAAACUCGGCUGUUGAGCCAGCUUUCGGCCUUUGACACCUGCUUUGUUGAUUAUGCUUGGGAGGCUAUACGUUCAUUUGAUGCUGAAGCAUUCGCCUUUCUCCUUGAUCGUUUCACCGUCGAAGAUGCUCAGCACUUUAGAAGCAACACGAAGCUCAUAGAGUGGGCAGUAGCAUCUGGUAGCGUUGAUAUGCUGCGCCUCCUGAUAGGAUUCGGCUUGGCCAAAGAUUCCUUCAUUAAUGGUCGUGCCAUGUCUCAAGCGUUGAGACUCAACUCUCCAGAUGAACUCAAAGUUCGCAUGGUGUAUUACUUGUUUGGCGUUGGUAUUGACUUUGAUGCUUUGACCGAACACGAGCUUUACGGAAGCCUCAAACUAUUUUGCACUUACGUCAGUCCUAAAGAAGUAUCUCGGAUCCUUCGGGGACUCUUUUCUUUGCAAAGCAGAAAAACCGGCCCAAAAGCAGAUAUUCUAUUGGUCAUGGCUUGUGCGUCGGGCGACUACGAAGUGGUUGAGGCUUUAUUACAUUGCCUGGCUAAUCCCAAUGCGAAGACUCUAUCUGGAAGAAGCUGCCUUGAUAUGGCCCUGCACAGUCCAUCUCCAGACCGAGUGAGACUCAUAUGGAGACUCGUCAAGUCUGGGGCACAGGCAACUACUGAAACCGUGGAUCGAGCGAUUGAGUUGCGAUACUGGGGACUUGCAUUGCAUUUCAUAUGGAAAAUAGGACCUCGUGAAUCGCAUCCUUAUUUCCACUCAGUUAUGACUGGCGAUUCGCCUUCGAUCAUCGAUUCAUUCCUUCCGGGAACUGCGGCCGGACAUGAAGCAUAUACGCAUAUAUCACAGCCAUGCCAGUUACCUAUCGUUCAAACAUCUGACUGGGCACAGUGGCAGUUUUACUUCGGGCCUCCUGUUGUCGAAAAUGGAGUUUGGACAAAAACCAAUGUUGAAGAAUCCUACCGCCUUAGCCAGUAUGUCCGGUCCCGAUUCAGAUUGGACAAUGCACCCGGCGGCGCACGUUCCUAUGACCCAAGAAGUCGCUUUAGCGCUUUGAUGAGUCCUGGCAUACCGCCAUUCGAAAUAGAUUUAAAAGGUCGGGUGAAGGAUCAGGCUAUAUGCUUGAGACUCACCAUUCCGAGCAGUUUCGUGGUUAUUGGAGAAAUGAACAGAAGAUUUCAAUCGGCGUCAGACAGCUUUUCGCUGUCGGAUACAGACGAAAAUUCCGCAAUGAUGAAAAACUAUGACAAUUAUUGUCCGACAUGGGAUAGUAUGAAUCGGUGCGAUGGAUUAGGUACCUGGUUACUCCCAGAUUCAUUCUGGGAUACCGACAAGGUUCGACAGCUAAUUGAACAACGUCGAUUGUUAGCACACAUUCAAUUCGACAAUGUUCAUUGGGCCUUAAAUAUCUUGCGAAAAAGCCUCUCUUUGUUCUUGAACCUACCACCUUUCUCAAUACUAGAUACCUUUGACAAUGAGUUCCCUCCAGUUCACAUUCCAACAAAGCCUCAUGAACGCCUAUGGUUUCCAGAGGGUUUCCCGUCGGAUAUUGCCCACAUGAGCCUCCGAAUUCAAUGGCUCAGGACCUUAGCUGUCAUGUACCACAAAGGGCUGCUGAAAAAUACCACUAUUCCUCUAGAGAUAUUUAUCGAGAUGGAUAGCAUGAGGGACAUCGUGCCCGGGCACUACAGUAUGCUCAAAGACACCGAGGCCGCUCUUCACGGUGAUGGAUUUAUGCCCGAGGCCCUCGAAGCCGCCUUUCUGGGUCCUGAGGGUGCGAGGGUUCUGAAAAGAUUGAUCAGUCAGAAUAGUCAAUGGAGACUACAAAUCAGUUCCUGGAUUAGAAGAGUGGACACCUCAGUAUUCAUGUGGUCCAUGGGCGAGAAUGCGCCUUUAUCGUUCACAAGAGCAUUUACAUCACUUCGAGCGGUGGGCGCUUCUGAUGGAGACAUAGAGAUGCUGGAGCGGUCACUAGAUUUUGCGAGGGCGAAAGUACCGGAGCUAGAGUGA